AUGGUUGGUGCUUCUCCAGCACCACAGUCAAAAGCAUCAAUUCUUUGGCACUCAGCCUUCUUUAUGGUCCAACUGUCACAUCUAUACAUGACUACUGGAAAGACCAUAGCUUUCACUAUAUGGACCUAUGUUGGCAAAGUAAUGUCUCUGCUUUUUAUUUUUUAUUUUUUAAUUUUUUUUUUGUCUCUGCUUUUUAAUAUGCUGUCUAGGUUUGUCAUAGCUUUUCUUCCAAGGAGCAAGCGUCUUUUUUCAUGGCUGCAUGAAAUUAAAGAAAACCCUAGGAAAAGGAAACUGGGUUUUAGAAAUAAUAAAGGACUUUGCCCAAGUAGGGAAAUAGGCAUUAAAACUGAGGGAUCCCAGUUCAUAUGCCUUUGCCUGGCUUUCAAACCCUUCAUAUGUGGGCCCUGUCCUACCUCUUCUGAUGGCCUUUUCACCACUCCGACACUCAGUCGUCUCUCACAGAGCCAGUUCGGCUGGUAUUGCUGCCUCCAAAAAUUCAUUCCCACUAGUGCUCCAUUGGUUGUAACUUUGAGGCCAUUCUUAUUUAUCCCCCUUACUAUUUCAUUUCUGAAAUAUACAAAUAUUUAA